AGAUGUCAGAAUACCAGCAUUUACCUCCAGAAAUUGUGCAAGAGUCAGUGUGUCACACAGAUGCCAAAGAAGAACUCUUAGAUGAAUGUGAGAGUAUUUGGAGGCAGAUGGAAGAGUGUCAAAGCAAGCUAACGCUUCUAGGAACAGAAACAUUGCCAGAAUCAGAUGCCAAGCUUUCCUUGUUAAUGAUGCGAGUGAAAGCUUUAACAGCAGAGUAUAAUCAAUGGCAAAAAAGAAGUCCUGAAAUAAUUUCUACCAAUCCAGAUGUACUGGUAGCAUUAGGAAAAGAAGAGUUGCAGAAAGUAAAGAAUGAUCUUGAAAUGGUGCUGUCAACAGUUCAGUCAAAGAACAAAAAACUGAGAGAAGAUCUGAAAAGAGAACAGCAGUGGCAUGAGGAACAGCAGCAGAUAGUAGAUGCUCUUAAUGGAAUUGAAGAAGAGAUGAAAAAUCAAGUGGUACAGUUUUCUGAAAAAAGAGCAUUUCAAGAACUGAAAAAUAAAAUGCUGAAACUAAGGGCAUAUAAAGAAGAACUCUUGAAUGCUUUGGGUGAGUUCCUAGAAGAGCAUUUUCCCCUUCCAGAAGAAGAUGGAAGCGCUAAAAAGAAGAAAAAGAACUCUUCUGAAGAGCCAACUGUACAACUUAUAACACUGCAUGAAAUUUUAGAGAUUCUUAUAAACAAAUUAAUGAGUACACCACAUGAACCCUAUUUAACAAUCAGUGACUCAUUUUGGCCACCUUAUAUUGAGCUGCUGCUGCGAUAUGGAAUUGCACUGAGACAUCCAGAAGAUCCAAACAGGAUACGCUUAGAAGCCUUUCACCAAUAGAGAAACCGUCAUUUACUUUAAAACAAAACACCAGUGUUCUUACCAGCGGGGAAGAUGUAUUUAUGAUUUCAUUGUAAACUUUUUUUCAUAUCAGCAAUCUCUUCCUGUUGGAUAGUUUUUUUUUUUUUUUUGGUAACAUGCAUUUGGUAAGAGUGUAAAGUAUGAAAAAAGACGAUUUUCAACUUCAACUAUUCAUAGCUACAAUUGUUUUUCAGUUUUAUGGCAAGUGAUGCCAAGAUUUGCAUUCUGAAAUUUUUUUUUUCAGCUGCUUAAAUAAGAUGCAAAUUCAGGUAACAGACAAAGUAAAGAAGUUUAACAGUCCUUUUGACUUUAAAGAUUGUAUUUUACAUGUGACUUUUUUCUUUUAUAUACAUUUCUUAGAUUUCUUUAACUCAUCGUGAUUUCAUUUAGUAUUUUGUUGCACUUAGCAAGUCAAAACUUUAGUUAACCCAGCUGCCCCAAAGGAGGCCUUGGAGAGAUUUAGAACUACCAGUGAAGUAGCAUCUUCAACAAGAUAUUGUUUUCCAGAGGCUUUGCAAACAUGUAUUGGUUUCAAGAUAAACAUUUAGAAGAGUUGGCGCAUCUUUCUGUGCGAUGGACUGAAGAUAUUCAGCCUGCAGAUCUACAACUGUAUGUUUCCUGGACAGACCCUUUUUGUGUUAUGUUAUAUUGCCUAAUAGCAUCUGCCUUCACUUUUCGUAUCUGAUUUAUCAAGGCUUAUAAUACAUCUUUGUGUUCUGUAGAUCUCUGUAGUUUGUAAAGUAGGUCAACUGAUAGUUACCUUCUGAAUGGCAUUCUGUUGUCAUCCUAAUUUGCUUUUGUAUAGCCCUCAUUAUUGUAGUCCCUAGGCGCACAGAUAACUUGCCCAUUUUUACACAAGUAGUCCCCAAUGAACCCUGGAUUUGAAGCUGGAAGUUCCACUCCUACAGAUCUGCAGCGAGUAUAAUCUUGGGAAAUAAAAUAUGCUUUUGAUU